UUGAGCUGGAGGGUAGAACGUAUCCUGUUUGGGGAAAAUAUGUGUUUGGGACCUGUUGGGACCUGGUGGCUGCACAGUUAUCUCUGAGCCUGAGGAAUAAUUAUCCACAAGGGGUGGAUUUCCUAGUAGCAAGGCCCAGCUACUAUAUUCUGCCCUAAACACUUGGGACUGAAGUGGAGCCGCUUCUGAGGAAGCGCAGGAAUCCUACAAAAGACUAUUUUUUCAGAUGAAAUGCCUGGCGUAUCCUUACUGCGUUCUGGAUUUCAGUGGAAACUCUCUUGCUAAAAAGAAAACUGGUGUAAAGAUUGGACAUAAAACAAUUUCCCCAAAUCGGAUAUACAGUGUGCUGCAGGUACCAUAUCCCUGGCGACAUAUUUGAGAAGGCUGAGCUUUAAUGAAGAAACGUCAAAGCUGUUAACAAUCACGCAAACCAGGGACUCCAGCCCCAAGUGACCAAGAAUGGCGUUGUCAUGGAAACUGGUACUGCUCGUGUCAGUCAUGGAGCAUCUAUCAGAUUUUACAAAGGCUAUCCCGGGGCAACAGGCCGCCUAUGCAGCAAUCUUAAGGCUUAAAAGUGGAAGCACAUCAUCUAUAGCAUUCAACUCUAUAACCAGACCGCGGUAUAGAAGCUCUUCAUUGGAGACACUUGAUCACCCGUCGGAAAUGUGGAGAGAGAGAGCAAAGCAUUACAGUGCUCCACCAAACAUGUACCACUUCCCUGAAGCUUUCAGGCAAGAUGAUGAGAGUGUGAAUUAUGGGCCAGUGUUUGUCCAAGAGCCAGAAAACAUUGUAUUCCCUAUGGAUUCUGGGGAGAAGAAGGUGGCCCUUAAUUGUGAGGCAAGAGGGGUUCCUACACCAAUAUAUAGAUGGUUACGCAAUGGGACAGAGAUAGACUUGGAAAAUGAUUAUCGGUACAGUAUGAUAGAUGGAAAUUUUAUUAUCAGCAGCCCAAAUGAGAUGAAAGAUUCUGGUCAAUAUCAGUGCCUAGCCGCUAACUCCUUUGGCAGCAUCCUUAGCAGAGAGGCAACCCUUCAGUUUGCAUAUCUUGGAAACUUCAGUGGGCGGAUAAGGAGCGCAGUGUCCGUGAGAGAAGGCCAGGGAGUUGUUCUGAUGUGUUCUCCUCCUCAUCACUCUCCAGAGCUCAUCUACAGUUGGGUUUUCAAUGAGUUCCCUUCUUUUGUGGCUGAAGACAGUCGCCGCUUCAUCUCCCAGCAGACAGGGAAUCUCUACAUUUCCAAAGCACAGGCAUCUGAUGUCGGCAGCUAUAUUUGUCUCGUGAAAAAUCCGUUGACUAAUACGAGGGUCAUGAGCCCACCGACGCCACUGACUCUACGCAAUGAUGGUGUGAUGGGAGAAUAUGAGCCGAAAAUUGAGGUCCAUUUCCCUUACACAUUUACAGCCGCUCAGGGAACUACUGUUAAAAUGGAAUGUUUCGCACUCGGCAACCCUGUUCCUACAAUAUCAUGGAGAAAAGUGAGUGGCUUCAUUCCUAGUAAGGCGCGUUUAAGAAAAGCCCAGGCAGUUCUUGAGAUUCCAAAUGUGCAACUGGAAGACGCCGGCACAUACGAAUGCAAAGCGGAGAAUUCCCGAGGCAAGAACGCUUUCCGAGGUCAACUCCAAGUCUACACACAGCCUCAGUGGAUUGAGAAGAUUAACGACACCCAGUUGGAUAGUGGAGACCAGCUCCGUUGGGAAUGCAAGGCUGAAGCAAAGCCAAGGCCCAUAUACCGUUGGCUGAAGAAUGGCCUUCCCUUGAUGCCACAGAACAGGAUUGAGAUGGUUAAUGGAAUGCUGACAAUCCAUAAUGUGAAUCAGUCAGACGCGGGAAUGUACCAGUGCUUGGCAGAAAAUAUAUAUGGGAUCAUCUAUGGCAGCGCAGAGCUUAAGGUUUUAGCGUCAGCUCCAACAUUCGAGUUAAGCCAAAAGCAAAAAACAGUUGUCAUAACGAAAGGCAAGGAAGUUGUCCUGGAAUGCAAACCUUCUGCCUCUCCGAAGCCGUCCAUCUCCUGGAUGAAAGGGGAGAAAGCCGUAAGGCAGAACAAGAGGGUAGCUGUUCUUCCAGAUGGAAGUCUACGGAUCUUAAAUGCUUCCAAGUCAGAUGAAGGAAGAUACACUUGUCGCGGGGAAAAUAUAUUUGGUUUGGCAGAGAUUGUGGCAUCGGUGUUUGUUACAGAACCAACUAAAAUAGAAUUAACGCCGAAGAGGACUGAACUAACCGUCGGAGAGAGCAUCGUCUUGAGCUGCAAGGCGAUCCAUGAUCCCUUACUCGAUGUUUCCUUCUCCUGGAUUCUGAACGGGCAACCUGUCAGCUUUGAGAAAGAAGACGGGCAUUUUGAAAGCAUCAGGACCCAAGCGUCUUCUGCAGAUUUAAUGAUUAGGAACAUUCUGCUGAUGCAUGCUGGGAGAUACGGCUGCAGGGUGCAGACCACAGCGGACACUGUAUCUGAUGAGGCAGAAGUACUAGUUAGGGGCCCACCUGGACCUCCGGGAGUGGUCAUCGUAGAAGAAAUAACUGAAAGUACUGCAACCCUGUCAUGGAGUCCCGGAGCUGAGAAUCACAGUCCUAUUCUUUGUUACAAUUUACAAGCUCGAAGUCCAUUUUCACUUGGUUGGCAGACAGUAAAAACAGUUCCUGAGAUUAUUAAUGGAGAAAUGGAGUCUGCGAUGGUGGUUGAUCUAAAUCCGUGGGUAGAAUAUGAAUUCAGAGUUGUGGCCACCAACAGUAUUGGGACCGGAGACCCCAGUGUGCCGUCCAGAGUCAUCAGAACAAAAGAAGCAGUUCCCAAGACCCCUCCAGCUAACGUAAGUGGUGGAAGCGGAAGGAGACAUGAGCUAGUGAUAACAUGGGAGCCAGUUUCAGAAGAGUUCCAAAAUGGCGAAGGCUUUGGGUACAUUGUUGCUUUUAGACCCAAUAAUACACGGGGCUGGAAGGAGAAAAUGGUGACCUCUUCUGACGCCUCUAAAUUUAUCUACAGAGAUGAAAGUACCCCACCCCUCACUCCAUUUGAAGUCAAAGUCGGAGUAUAUAAUAAUAAAGGAGAUGGACCUUUUAGUGAUAUAGUUUUCAUCUGCUCUGCCGAGGGAGAACCAACUACUGCCCCUGCAGAUGUCAAGGGUACAGGCUUGUCUGCAUCGGAGAUCGUUGUUGCAUGGAAACCAAUGAAAGAGAACUUAGGAAAAUCACUGGGAUAUGAGGUUAGUUACUGGAAAGAUAUGGAGCAAGAGGAGGCAUCGGAAAAAGUGAAAACUGCAGGAAAUGAGUCGUCCGUCAUUCUGACAGAUUUAGAUGGAAAUACAUUGUAUCACAUCACAGUGAGAGCAUACAACAAAGCAGGAUAUGGGCCACCAAGCGCCGCGGUGCGUGCCGGGACCAAGAAAUCUCCUCCUAGUCAAGUACCAAGCAUUUUGAAGUGGAUCCGAAAUGGUUCCCAUGUGUCUUUGGGCUGGGAAGCUGUUAGGUCAUUGGCAAAUGAAUCGGAUGUCAUGGGCUACAAGGUGAUGUUGAGACAAGAGGGUCACAGCAACAGUCAAGUCAUUCAAACACAGAAAACAAAUGCCGUCAUUCUCCUUCCCGACGCCGGGUUUUAUAUCAUAGAUGUCAGAGCCGUUAGUGAAGGUGGGGAUGGCAUAGCCAGUUCUCAGAUCCGAGUGCCGUCUUUUUCAGGUAAAAUAACAAGCGCCCAGACAUCUACGCAUUGCAUUUCAGCCGCCUCCUCAUCUUUAAUAGUCCUCCUGGCUUUGGUGAUUCCCACAACGUUAUUGUGAAGACGACGAGCACUUUGUUCUUUUGCUUUUAUGAUUAUUCGUACUGACUACAAGCUAGACGUUUCUAAUACAUGAAGGCAAUGGAACCUAGGACCUAUUCCUCAAUAAGACACCCAAAGACAAUGUGGAAAAGACUUAGAGGAAUGCGGCAAAAUGAUUUCUCAUUUUUACCUUCAAGGAUUAUUUUGUAUAAAUGGACCGGUUUGCAAAUAGUCCGUCCUUAGAAGCUUCUGUAAAGGGAAAAGUGCAGUGACUUUGGUUUAAACGCUCUGGAUUUCCUUCUAUGCGAUUUAUUCUUUUUUUUUGGUAACCUGAGUGUGUUUGUUUCUUUAGUUCAAGCAGUGACGUUCAGUGCGCAUACAAACCGAGAAGGUAGGAGCUACAUGAUGGGUAUGUUGGAACCUUAAAUGCCGCUCACUGCUCUUGCUAAUAUACAAGAUUAAACAACAAUGGCUGCGUAGCUACGGUAACUGAUUUACAGAUAUGAAGAGGCCUGUGGAAUAGAAUCAUUAUGAUUUGGAAAACAAAAAUCAUUUCAUGUUUGGAGGCUGAAACCAUUUUUCUCAUAGCAAGAAAAAAAAAAUCAAUAUUUAUGGUCAAUAAAAAAAAAAACAGCUUUUCGAAA